AUGUUCAUCAUCAAGUUCGAAACGGACGCAAUCGUCCCAAAUGCCGUGGUGGUCCUCCGUACCGCGACGGAUCUGUGGAUGAACCGCAACGGAGAGUACAAAGAUGGAGCAUGGCAGUUCGUGCUGGAUGAGGAUACCUUCGGCAACGGCAUCCAAUUCAAAUUCGUCGUGCUACCAAACCGAUGGCAGCUAGGCGGCGAUCUUUACGCAGGGCCUCAGAAUAAUGGUGCAGUGCUCACCUAUACCGACGCGCAAGUCAACUUUCCGGACAAUAAUCCCGUCUUGGUCACCGAGAAUGGCGUGGUAGCCCAAAGGCUACUCCAGCGAAGUGUCAUGAACCUCUCCCCGGCGACCGAAUACGACGUAAUAGUCGUGGGCUCAGGCAUGGGCGGCGGCAUGCUGGCAGCCGCUCUAGCUGAUGAGAGUGCCUCUGUUCUGGUGCUGGAAGCGGGUCCGUUGCUCUUCCCAACGCACGUUGGUAAUCUACCUAGGCGGCUCCAAAUCGGGAAGUUCCAGAAGCAUGUCUGGAGCCUGUGGGAGGAUUUCAAGGUCGUCAACUACACGAACAUCAACGGAUCUCAAUACCAGGGAGCGCAAGGGUUCAAUCUCGGUGGCCGCUCCCUCUUUUGGGGGAGCCUCAUACCACCACUCGCCGCGUGGGAGCUUAAGGACUUCCCAAAGGACGUCAGGGACUACAUUCUUGACCCAAGCAACGAAGGAGGAUAUGCAAAAGCUACUCGUGCCUUCAAUGCAGACAAGCCUGCUAGCGCAUACCAGGCUAAUGCACGCAACUAUCUGGACUCCGUGAUCCAGGGAUGGACCGCCUUGGAUGCUCCGGUUGCUGUCGAGUACACCGGAGCAACGGAGUGGUCCGUUCCAGCAGGGAUAUUUUCCACCUCAGAUCUACUCAUCGAAGACGUUCUCGCGCAAGGCUUGCCGGUCCCGGGCGCGCCAGCAAGACAGCCUUUAAUUGUCAAUCUGAAUCAUGCUGUUCAGACCGUACUUCUGGACGGUAAUCGAGCAACCGGCGUCCGAUGUUUCGACACGCUCGCGCAGAAGCAAAGAGACUACAAGGCAAAGAAGGUCGUUCUCUGCGCCGGUACGCUGGAGUCUCCCAAGAUCGCCCUGCAGUCCAACCUCAAGGAUUCCAACAACAUGAUCGGCCAGGGCAUAACCGACCACGCAAUCCAGUUUCGGCACUUCGUCGUCCCAGCAAACCACCCCCAAGCCAGCGCCACCAAGUCCGCCAAGAUGCUGCUCACGCAUCCCGGCGCUACAGAGGAGGAGCACGCCUUCGACAUUGUCGUCGAACUGAACUCCCAGCUAAAUCAAGGCCGCUACGUCGAUCCGGAUCACCUCGCUACUGAUGCUGGCAUCCACAAAGGCGCGAUGCUCUGCGAGAUUGUCUUCCAGUACUACUCACCGCUCCUGCCCGGCAAUGAGGUCACUCUUGCUGGCAACGAUUCGGCCAACCCGGUCAACGUACAUGUUAUGCCUGCUACCCCAGCCCAGAAGCUCUUGGACGAGGCCAACGAUAUCGCCAAGCAGGUCUUCCAAGCAUUCAAUGCGCAGCCGAUCGACGGCGAGGAGCCUCUUGUGAGGAAUGGAAAGGCAGUGCUGUACACGGCGGCGAUCGGCGGCGUUGCACAUGAGGUCGGUACGCUGAGGAUGGCGGACGACGAGAAAGGAGUGCUUGAUGCGGAUCUGAAGUUCUUGGAGUAUGAGAAUCUGUAUGCUUGCGACAAUUCGGUGUUUCCGGUAAGUCCGGCGGGUAACCCGAGUCUUACGCUUGCGGCACUGGCAUUAAGAUUAGCGAAGCAUCUGACCAAGCCAUAA